CUCAGCUAGUUAAAUGUUAAUCUUCAUUGAUCCGGGAGAAUACACAUCUGCUAUUGGAUAAACUGCUGGCACCUGCAUUGGCACUGCACAGUAUAUAAACCUUGCAUUUUGACAUGUAAAUCCACUCCUUAUUAAACUCCAGAAUAACUGCUGCACCCUGUGAUGGAUCCUCUGGGAGCAAUAACUGGUUUGUUGGUGCUCUGUUUCUUUUGCCUUCUCUUCUUAGCAACCUGGAGAAAGAGACCUGGAAAUGGGAAGCUGCCACCUGGACCAUGGUCCCUUCCCAUCCUCGGGAACGCACUGCAGCUGAAAACCAAGGACCUGACCAGAACCCUUAACAAGCUACAUGAGAAAUAUGGGCCAGCGUUCACACUGUACUUCGGCUCUGAACGUGUUGUGAUGCUGCAUGGGUACCAGGCUGUGAAGGAGGCACUGAUUGAUCGUGGAGAUGAGUUCGUUUCCAGAGGAAAAGUGCCCGUUAUUGACAAGCUUAUUAAAGGAUUAGGGGUUAUUUUCAGCAAUGGGGAGCAGUGGAAGCAGCUCCGUCGAUUUGCUCUUACCACCCUGAGGAAUUUUGGGAUGGGGAAGAAAAGCAUUGAGGAGCGGAUCCAGGAAGAAACCCAGUGUCUGGUGGAGAAGCUCAGCAGCACCCAGAAGAUGCCCUUUGACCCCACCUUCCUGCUGAGCUGUACUGUCUCCAAUGUCAUCUGCUCCAUUGUAUUUGGAAACCGAUAUGACUAUGAAGAUAAGAAGUUUCUGGCCCUGAUAGAUAAGAUGGAUGACAAUAUCCAUCUUCUGAACUCUCAAUGGGGACAGCUCUACCAGCUGUUCCCAUCUCUUAUGGAUGUCUUGCCUGGACCUCACAACCAGAUGGCCAUAAACUUUGCUGCUUUAAAAGAGUUUAUCUCAGAGGAGUUGAAGAAACAUGAGGAAACCUUAGAUCCCACGUCCCCACGGGAUUUUAUUGACUGCUUCCUCAUCAAGAUGGAACAGGAGAAACAGAAUGGCAAGACUGAAUUCCAUGCGGAGAACUCUGUAAUUACCACGCUGGACUUAUUCUCCGGGGGAACAGAGACAACCAGCACCACCCUGAGAUAUGGACUCCUGAUUCUCCUGAAAUACCCAGACAUACAAGAAAAAGUUCAGGAAGAGAUUGACCAUGUGAUUGGCCGGAUGAGGAGCCCAUGCAUGGCUGAUCGAAGCCAGAUGCCUUACACGGAUGCUGUGGUACAUGAGAUCCAGCGGUUCAUUGCUCUCGUUCCAUUAGGGCUUCCCCGUGCUGUGAGCCAAGACACCCCAUUUGGACAAUACAUCAUCCCAAAGGGUACCACUGUUUAUCCCAUCCUGAGCUCUGUCCUUCAUGACAGCAAUGAAUUUCCAAAUCCUGAACAAUUUAAUCCAGGACAUUUCUUAAAUGAAAAUGGCACUUUCAGGAAGAGCAACUUCUUCAUGCCCUUCUCUGCAGGAAAACGGAUCUGCCUGGGAGAGGGCCUGGCUCGCAUGGAGAUAUUUUUAUUCUUGACCACCAUUCUGCAAAACUUUACCUUGAAACCGUUCACAGAUCCCAAGGAAAUUGACAUAAGCCCAGCACUGAGUGGCUUAAUGAAUCUGCCCCGACCUUACCAGCUCUGUGUUCUCCCUCGGUAAGGAACACAGAGGUCAUCUCCAUUUAAUUUUGCUUGUAUCCAUUGGUUCAGUUGUAUCUAAUAUGCAACUCAGUGUAAGAAAUAAUAACAGAUGCAUCACAUGCUGCCUAAACUCGUUGGAAUGAAAUCCCCAGACAAAGCAACAGGCUUUUCAAGUACAAGCUAAAAUCCCAUAUUUGCCCUAGGGAACAUGCAAAGCCAAAAGCCAAAAUGCUUAUAACAUGGGUCAGAAUAG